AAAAAAAUCCUGCGUUGAUGCGACAUCGUUUGCUCUCCUCACCCCUUAAACCCUCCCUGAAACCCUAAUCCCAAUUGGCUAAUUCCCAAGCACCUCUCGGCAGGCCAAGCUUGGACAAGCACUUCGUCACUCACCAUUAUUGCGGAACUCAAUCUCCAAAUGGCACCAAUACGAUUCUUCGCAAUCUUCAACAGAACCCAAAGCCUCAUAUCAAAUGCAGUCUUGAAAACCAGAUACUCCAGUAGCGCAAGCAAUAACCUUUUUUCAAGAAUCAGUCCUCUUGGUGACCCAGGUAUCAGUUUGGUUCCAGUACUUGAUAAGUGGGCUGAAGAGGGCGCGAAGGUAAAAGGCUUCGAACUCCAAAAAAUUGUCAAAGUGCUCCGUGCCCGUAGACGGUAUAGACAUGCUCUUGAGGUUUCUGAAUGGAUGACUGGCAAGGUAGUCAGCUCAUUCUCGCCAGCUGACUGUGCUGUGCAAUUGGAUCUGAUUGGUAGAGUUCGUGGGCUGGAAACUGCAGAGAGCUACUUCCAGAAUUUGGAUGACCAAGCUAAAACUGACAAGACCUAUGGUGCUCUUCUAAAUUGUUAUGUUAGAGAAGGUCUUGUUGACAAGUCCCUGAACCAUAUGCAAAAGAUGAAGGAGUUGGGCUUUGCUUUCUCUUCUCUCAACUACAACGGCCUCAUGUGUCUCUACACAAAUACUGGCCAGCUAGAAAAAGUUCUUGAUGUGCUUUCAGAAAUGAAGGAGAAUGGUGUCUCCCCUGACAAUUUUAGCUACAGAAUUUGCAUGAACGCUUGUGCAGCAAGAUCUGAUCUUAGUGGUGUCGAAAAAAUUCUAAAAGAAAUCGAGAACCAACCUCACAUCUCCUUGGAUUGGAUGACUUAUUCCACAGUAGCCAACAUUUACAUAAAAGCAGGUGUAAAAGAGAGAGCACUUGUCUACCUGAAGAAAUGUGAAGAAAAGGGUAAUAAAGAUGCACUAGGUUAUAAUCAUUUGAUUUCACUUUAUGCAAGUCUCGGAAAUAAAGAUGAGAUAAUGAGGUUGUGGGGUCUUGCAAAAGCCAAGUGUAAAAAGUUAGUCAACAGAGAUUAUUUAACCAUGCUGGGUUCUCUAGUCAAGCUUGGAGAGUUUGAAGAAACCGAAAAAUUGCUACAAGAGUGGGAGUCAUCUUGCCAGAUCUAUGAUUUCAGAGUUCCAAAUGUCCUCCUUAUUGGGUAUUGUCAAAAGGGUUUAGUCGAAAAGGCUGAAGAGAUGCUUCGAGAUAUAGUGAAAAAACAGAAGACUGCAAUUCCAAAUAGUUGGUCUAUUAUUGCAGCAGGAUAUGUGGAUAAGCAGAAUAUGGAAAAAGCUUUUCAAUGCAUGAAGGAAGCACUAACUCUGCAGACGGAUAAUAAAGGGUGGAGGCCCAAACCUGAACUGAUCUCUAGCAUUUUGAGUUGGCUUGGUGAUAAUGGGGAUGUUGAAGAAGUAGAAGCAUUUGUCUGCUCAUUGGAGAAUAAGGUCCCAAAGAAUAGGGAACUUUAUCGUACCCUAGUUAAGGCCUAUGUCAGAUGUGGCAAACAGGUCGAUGGUCUUUUGGGGAGCAUGAAGGCUGAUCAAAUAGAUGUAGAUGAGGAAAUGAAGACAAUUCUUGGCUCGAGACUGCAAGAAGGUUGAAUGAUUCAAUUGCUUUUAAGGGGUUAUAUUCCUUUGUUAUGGCAAACUAACUUGAAGUUCAUUGCUCAUGGGGAUUGACGUUGAUGCACAGGGUCAACCAAGCACUUAAAAAUCUGUUUUCAUAUAUGAUAUUGGAUUAAUGAUGAUCAUUUGUUCAGAGUUUAGAUCGCUUCAAUGGAACUUGUAGAUUAUAUAUUCCUGCUUUUUUGUAACUUUGCCUUGCUGGAUCAUGGCACCAUGAAAUACAGAGACCUUGUGUAGGAUAAAAACCAGAGUACGGUUCUGCACUCUCAUAUCA